UGAGACCUGGGCCUGCAGGCAGUGGGAAAGGAGUCUAAAAAGGCGAUAGUUAGCGGGUCGAAAACAUGGGUCGACUCGCUAGUUGCAGUGGGAAAGAGGUAUGAAUGUGGUGGUUUUUGAAGCUGCGACUCCCGCUUCAAUUUCCACUCUUUCUGGAUCUCUGCCAUAUUCUUGAAUCGUCUCUGUUUGAUAAUUCACUGAAGUCCACAGUCAUCUUUUUUUUUUUUUGGUCGAUCACAUUUUUAUUAAAGUUUAACACAAAGUCAGGAAAAGAAAAAGUUGCAUGCCAAGAUUUUAGGUAUUGAACACAGUCUCAAUUUCCACAGAAAACCCAAGACAAGGGAAAGUGUCACAAUGGGCUGUACAGCAAUGUAACAUAAUAGAAUAUUAGAAGAAAAAACAAUAAAUGCACAAAUAGACCAAAAAAGAAAUAGUUUGCAUGAAAUAAAUGAAAGGUGCAUAAAUAAGGUACAAAUACACACCCACAACCACACAUACACUGAUACACACCUACAGAACACUCAAAAAACACACAAACCAAACUGGGAAUUUUACAUCCAAGGACAUAGGAAUGAGAGAGCUAGUGACAGAAUAAAAAAAAAAAAAGAUCUUACAGCAUGUCUUUGAGAGAAUCAGCAUAUCACGCCAGGCAUUUGUAGUGCUCUCAUUCUCAUUAGUACCAUUAAUUCCACCUGUUGAAAGUUCUAUAUAUAUGACAUCCAGAAAAGAAAAGUCCAAUGUUUUAAUGUAAUGCUACGUUCACACCGAAUGUGAUUUUGCGUCAAAAAGCGCGUCAACGCGAGAAGCUGAACGCGUGUCAAUUCUGAGGUCCGACGCUGAUCAACGCGGGGCCAAAAGCUCCCCACCAGACGCGACGCGUCGCGUCUGGUGGGGAGGCGGGGCUUCCGGGCUUUUUCCCUGGCGGGGCUUCCGGGCUUUCCUUUCCUGUGUGCUUUAGCAUCAUGGAUCCUGUCAAGCGAGCGGCUUGGCUUUAUUUAAUUCAUACAGCCGAACCACGACGCCGUCGGCGGACAGUACGCCGUGCCUGGGUGCACGACAUUAUCCAGAGACGGUCGGAGUUUGGUGAGUUUCACCAUUUGCUCCAGGAGCUGCGCCAGGAUGAGUGUCGCUUUCAGCGGUACUUUCGGCUGACCUGUGCCCAGUUCGAUGACCUCCUGGCCCGCGUCGGCGCCCGCAUCACUUACCAGGACACCAACUACAGGCGCUCCAUUUCAGCAGACGAGCGUCUGUCCAUCUGUUUGCGGUUUCUUGCCACUGGGGAUUCCUACCGCACCAUUGCCAACAGCUUCAGGGUCGGCGUCUCCACAGUCUCCACUAUCAUCCCAGAUGUGGUGACAGCCAUUUGGGAUUGCCUAGCGGAGGAGUUUAUGGCCGUGCCUGGAGCAGCAGAGUGGAGGUCCAUCGCUGAGGAGUUUGAGGAGCGUUGGAACUUCCCACUGUGCUGUGGUGCUCUGGACGGGAAGCAUGUGAAGCUGAGGGCACCUCCCAACUCUGGCUCUCUCUUUUUUAACCACAAGGGGGACCACUCCAUCGUCCUCCUUGCUGUCGUGGAUGCCAGGUACCAGUUCCGCAUCAUAGAUGUUGGAGGUUAUGGUCAAAGCAGCGACGGGGGGAUCUUGGCCAACUCCACCUUUGGUCAAGCCCUUCGCGAAGGCACGCUGCCCCUGCCUCAGGAUCUGCACCUGCCAGGAGCUGACCACAGACACCUCCAGCCUCAUGUGUUUGUGGCAGACGAGGCAUUCCCCCUGCGCAGAAACCUGAUGCGGCCCUUUCCAGGACGUGGUGGUCUUACCCGAGAGCAGCGCGUCUUCAAUUACCGCCUGUCCCGAGCUCGGCUGGUGGUGGAGGAUGCAUUUGGGAUCUGGUCAGCACAGUGGAGGGCUUUUCGAGGGGCUCUUGAAAUCCUCCCUGAAGUUGCAGAGAAGUGUGUGAAGGCCACCUGCCUUCUCCACAACUUCAUGAGGCCUGCUGCACUUCACCAUGUACCAGCGCAGAGGGGAGCAGCAGCCCAGGAAGAGCCUCUUCAAUCCGUGGGACGGAUGGGAGCCAACAACGCCACCAGAGAUGCCACAUCUGCGAGGGAGGUGUUCAUGGCUCACUUCUGUGAAGAGGGAGCUGUACCAUGGCAGCCAGGAGAAUAGUUCUGUCCUCCACAGGACUGACACACAACGGCUCUUUUAAGAGCCACCCACUUAAAACUAAAGAGCCACAACCUUGAAAUAGAAAAGACAUGCAGCCGGACAACAAAGUCCAAAUCAAUGUUUCUACAUUUGUGCUGUGAAUCUGUCUUCUUUCUGUUUGCAGAUAAUUGCUUUGAGUGAGGACUUCACUGCUGCCUGCAGCUUCAACUUCAUCACAUUAUUCCAGUUACAAAUUAGAAGAUUGUCUUAACAGGUUAAUGUGAAAACAAUAAAACAUGAAUUCCACACUUUUGUGUCUGUUUUUGAUAUGACAUUUCAUAAAUCCCAUAAAUGUAGUAAUGUUUUACUUGGGACAAUAUCUAUAUUAGCUGUUUAAACCAUGUAUGUCAACUUGUUUUGUGCUUAUAAAUAAGACUCCAAAAUAAGUGGGGGAAAAGUUAUUUAUUACAAAAUAGAACAUAGAUUGAUUUCUGACAUAGAAACUAUAUACAACUAAAAUAAAUAACUAUUUACAAGUUCACAGGGACAGGAACAGAAAAGUCCAUGCUUGGAGAAGGUGCGGUGGAACAGCCUCAGGGGAGGGAGAGCAGAAGGUCUGCUUCCUCUUCUGCAAAGGAUGCCUCCUCUUGGUUAAUAAACCAGUUUACUCUGUAGGCUCCAAUCGUUCCAAAUUUAACAGAACUGUGCUGUUGUCAUAUAUUAAUUUAUGAAUUUGGAAUUUCACGUAGUCCUUGGACUGAGGAGGCACCUUUUGCAGAAGAGGAACGAGAGAAAGGAGGAACAUCUCGUCCUCGGAGAGAGGCCUGGGCGGUGCAGCAGGAGGCGCUUCUGGUAUGGCCCUCAGAGUGUCCAGCAUCUCCUUUUGCCACUCUGUGGGCCCGGAGUCGUGGCGCCUCUUUCUGCCUCUCUUCCUCGGACCUUCAAAGAAAAAGUCAAAUGCGAAUGCUGAGAGCGAAAACAUGUUUCACUGAAAAGUUUUUACACAAACAAAACUUGAGACAAUUAGUAAGAAUUAACUUUUGUACAAAAUAUUAAACUAACAUUAUCUGUACAAUCAAUCUUUAGUUUUAAAUAUUUUAAAUAUGGAGCCAAAUACAUCCAUGGAAGUUUUGGAGAAAUGUAUGUGAAUUACACACCCUACAUUACAAAAACUAAGUACAUCUUUAAAGUGACAACUUUCCACACCUGGUGGUGGAGCAGCAGAGGAAGGGCCAGCCUGCAUAGAUGUUUCUGCAGCAGAGGAGCCAGAUGUGGAAGCAGCAGCAGGGGUGGGGUCAGGCAGACCCAGGGAGGACUCUGGCUGCUGUGUGUCCUCCAGCUGGGUCAGCAGCUCACCUGGUUCGAAAGGGUAUGAUAAAAGAAAUAAAAAACAUGACCUCAUAAGUGCAAGCAUUUGUAUUGUUAUCAGAUUGUUUUUAAUGCUAUUAUAGCUGCUGCAACUACACUUAUGACAACUACAGCAAAUGAUAUUAAUAUGUAAUUACAUGAAAAUAACAGUAAAAUAAAUACUCUAUUAUUGACAGCAAUGACUCAAUCCUUGUUUUAUUUUGUCAGCCUUGUACAACAUAUUUUCAUAGCUUCAUUUGAGAGACCUCAAGCACCUGAAAGCCCUGCUGCUUCUUCUACUGGCUCCUCUGGGCGCCCUCCUUCCUGAUCCUCCUGGGCCCUCCGUGGGCUCAUAUUCCCACUAGUUUGGCGUGGCGCCACGGAGGGCUCCAGAAAGGACAGGAGGGCGAGGUACCGCCACUUGGCACCUGUCGCUGCUGCUCCACCACUCCUGUACCUCCUUUCUCUCUCCUUCCGGCUCUCCCUGAUGUAGGUGUCCCUGAGGCUCUUCCACCGCACUCGGCAAACCUCCUCUGAAUGAACAUACGACUAGUCAGCAAACAUGGAUGUAGCAAUGGUGCUAACUCGAUCUUUUGGCUAGGUAAAAAAAAGCGGGUGAUCUAAACUAAAUAGAAUUUGGGUUUUUCAUGUUACUUACCAGGGACGCCCACCUCCUCACUGACCCUUCUCCAAGCAAUUGCUUUUCUGUUCCUGUCCCUGUAAAAAGAAGAAGUUUUGUCCCAGAGCUCUGGGCGAGCGUAAACGGCCAUUAUUACACGCUCCUCCAUGGUCGAAGUGCUUCUCUUCGGACCGGUUCCCGCUCCCUGGCCGACGUCACCAUGGGCACGCUCUAUGAUUGGUUUGCCGCAAAAUCGCGACGCGCCAAAGUUCAGAUUUCCCAACUUCAGCGUCGGACGCAAAAUCGCGACGCGUAGCGCCAACGCCCCGACGCGUUGCGUCUCAUCGCAGCUGGAACGCGCGUUCCCAUUUGUUUUCACUUGUCUUUGACGCAAAAUCGCAGACAGCACUUGGCGGUGUGAACGUAGCUUAAGGGGGUGAGGUGGCUUCUAAUGAGUAGCUGAUGACUUCAAAGGUAUAUCUUAGCUCUGUCAUGUAGUCGAUGUUGAACACAUACAGAAGUCCAAACAGAAUAGUAGUGUCAGUCGUCCUUGAUGCCAUGCAGUAUGAUCUGAUUGUCCAGCACCACAGCAAGGUCAACCAGAUCCUCCCUUUCUUGUAUUCUGAGGAUUCCCACAUUCAAUCCCCUUAUCAUGUCGUCCUGUGGGCUUCUCAAAGAUAAAAAGAAAAACGAAAAAGCACUGUCAUGAUUUUUACUUGUCUGAUGUCACUGACAGUCUGGUUCCUCAACGUUGCAUAAAAGACAUUUAACUUCAAAGUCCACUGGUUUGCUCCUGCUAAAUCCAUGUUGUCUCACAUGGGUUUGGAGAGACUUUUAUGACUUGAAAAAGCACACACAAUCACUGCAAAUGCAAGGGAAAGCUGAACUUCUUUCAUAAUGUUUGUGGCUGGUUCUGUAGCGUUCAAGUGGUCUUCUGCGAUUUCCUGUGACAGAAGUGCAAAACUUACAUGUCCAUCUCGUUCAUGAAGCAGCCAGGUAUAGCAAAUGCAACGAUGGCCUACAACAGGGGUCGGCAAUUAGCGGCCCGCGGGCCAAAUGUGGCCCGCUGAACCGUCCAAUCUGGCCCGUGAGAGGAUCCCAACACGCGCGUGCACAAACGCAUUAACGCACUCAUUACCCCGGGCCCUCGAGCGGACGCACGCACCCCUGUGAGAGUGCGAUAUCUGUCAUUGUGUUGCAAUAGACAAUCUUCGAGGGAUGUGUUGUUUUGUUGUGGUUGCCG